UAGUACUCCUAAGUAAAUGCUUCAUUGACAAUAGUGAGAUAAAUAUAAGCGGGUUUGUUUCUUUGGGUGUGAAUAAAGGGGACAUGCCCAAUUUCAACCCAACAUUAACACUUCAAACGUCACUUGUCUUUCUUCUUCAUACAUAUCCUUGCUAGAUCCCAAAGGUCAAGUUCUAAAUUUUACAUAAUGACAGUGUUGUUGAAGGUUACAUGAAGCCUUUUCUAUUUUUGAAUCAUUCUGAUACCGAGUUCAAUUCCUCACAAGUUGACAUUAAUUACUCAAUGGCUCAUGCUCCUUAUCCUUACUGCGAUCCAAUUUUUUCUGGUCCAUUAGUUGCUUAUGCCCCGCAGGCUGCUAACCAACCCCAAAUGUUACCUCAGAUGAUGGGAUUACCAUCCAAUCGAGUUGCGUUACCACCUGAUCUUGCACAAGAUGGGCCCAUUUAUGUCAAUGCAAAACAAUACCAUGGUAUACUGAGAAGACGACAGUCAAGAGCAAAGCUUGAGGCUCAGAACAAACUCAUCAAAUGUCGUAAAGUAUGUUCUCCAUAUCUUCAUGAGUCUCGGCACAAGCAUGCUUUGAAAAGGGUUAGAGGAUCCGGUGGGCGAUUUCUCAGCACCAAACACCUUUCACAGUCUGGCACAGAAUUUGUCACAGGUUCAAAUACUGGCGCUGCCUCUAUAAACAAAUAUCAAAAGGAAGAUAAUUCAGAGAUGGGAAGUCAUCAUUCCUCAAAAACUGCCAAUAAUGAAUCUUCCAUCACAACCUGUUCCGACCGCACAUGUUUUUCUGGUAACAGUUUCCAUUUUAGGCAGCCAGAGCACAUGUUUCUCGGGAACUCUCCAAACAUGGGUGGAGGAGCACCACAAUGCAGUGGAGGACUCGUGUUUGGGGGAACAAAACAACGUGCUUCGGUUCGGUGAAACUUUCAUCGGACGGCAAAUCAUCCUUGGCUUAAUCACUUUUGGUUUCUGUGUUUUCAUGGUUAAUGGUCACUUUAUUUUACGUUUUUCAUGUGUUCUUCUGAACUUGUCUUUUGGAGGAACUCUAAAGUGUGUGUAAUAGCACUUUGAGCUUUUUUUUAUUCCGUGCACAUACUUUUUGAAGUUGAUAUUGCUUACACUUGUCUUUUGGACUGGAUUGGAAUAGUUUCUGCAUAAAACUUUCUGGUUUGUGAUCA